AUGAACAGUGGAAACAUUUUCAGGAGCUUCAGCUCCUCGCGCCGGCAAUUCCUGAAGCAGUCGGCGGCGCUGGCCGCCGCAGUCGGCGUGGCGCCGGCCGCCCUCAGCGCGGGCGCAGGCAGCGCGAACGCGGCGACCGGCUCGGCCUAUGCGAACGAGCUCUGGGAAAAGACCAAGGCCGAGCUCGCCGGCAUGAGCGAUAUCCGCAUGGACCUCAACCUGCACUCGUGGGAGGGCUACACCGAAGAGCCGGUGCUCGACCCCUUCAGCCGCCAGACCGGGGCGAACGUCAACCCGCAGAUGCUGAUCUCGGACCCCGCGGCCGUGAACAACCUGCGCGGCGGCGGCACGUCUACCUGGGACGUGAUCAACCUCAACAACUCCUGGCAGCGCAACCAGCUUUUCCCCGAGGGACUGAUCGUGCCCCUCGACAAGGACAAGUUCGCGCCGCUCUACGACAUGAACCGCUAUGGCCCCGCCGGCCUGGCGGUCAAUACUGAUCUGGUCGAUCCGCAGACGAUGGAGAGCGGCGGCUACAUGGAGAUGAUCGAGGGCGCCAAGGGCCAGUACGGCAUCCUCGACUACGAGAACUGGGUGAUCAUGCACACCUGCAUCGCGUCGGGCUUCAUCCCCUUCCGCGAGCACACCGCCGAUGAGAUGGCGGCCUUCGAGGAGAACAUCUUCAAGCUCUUCGAGAACGCCAAGAAGGUCUCGGACGACCAGGCGGCGCUGGCCCGCGACAUGAUCACCGGCGAGAUCAUCGGGACCUACCCCGGCUCGGUCUACACCGUCUCGGCUGCCAGGCUCGAAGGCGAGACCCAGCUCGUGAACGUCGUGCCGGCGGAAGGCCCGGAGGAGACCAAGACCGCCGAGCGGCCGAUGGGCCAGGGCGGCAUCGUCUGGAUCGAGGUCACCUCGCUGGUCAACAACCCCGACCCGACGCCGCUGGCCGAGGCGUUCCUUAUUUACUGCCACACGCCCGAGGCCGCCUACAAGGUGGCGGCCAAGGCGCCGGGCACGCUCAACCCGGUGGUGCAGAUGGGGGCGCCGGAGGUGCUGAGCCAGUUCUCCCAGGACGAGCUCGACGCCGUGCACUGGGGCGAGGACGGCAGCUGGCUGGCCUCGCUGGUCGAUCGCUGCGUCGACUUCGACAUCAAUCCCGACUACGACGCGAUGCACGACCUCUACACCCAGGCGAAGCGCAGCCGCGGCGCCUGA